AUGUGUUUUGUGUCGAAGGCUCAAGACCAGAUGCUACGCCAAAGACGGCAUCCGGAACGCCUGUCUCCGCUGCCACACCCUCUCUCUCUCCUGUUCACUAGAAGACGUGUCCGACUCAGAUUCCUGCCAAUCCCCGUCUGCCGGGCGGAGGCGCGGCCGCCGAGACAGACAGCAUGGUAUCCGCCGGCCAUCUACAGACUCAAGCUGCAUAGACUGGAACGCCUGGAACAAACUGUCUCGGCUCUAGUCGAUCGCCUGGAUGCACAAGCUCAGAACCGUGGGACGCUGACGAGGGCAGUCCAAGCUCGGACGGAGGAACGCGCCCCGGCCGAGGCGAACCCGGCGCCCGUCCUUUUGAUCCGUGACGCCGCGACCGACGCCGGCGUUUCGCCCCCAGGACAAUUUGACUCAAUAUCUAGCAGCACCAGCGAUGUCAUUUCCUCUGGGCUCGUCACGCUGGCCACCGCCCACUCGCUGCUCCAACUGUUCCGCGUGCACUACGGCCGCUGGGUGCGCUUCUCCGAGCACACGCCCACAGAAACCCUCCUGGAGCAGGUCAGGCAGUCGCCGCUCCUGCUCUGCAGCGUGCUGUUGAUCGCCGUGCGCCACACGACGCAGGCGCUGGCCGACGAGCUCGCCCCGCGGCUCUUCCGCGACGCCCAGCGGCUGGUGUCGCGCGCGCUGCUCGUCGCCGCGCAGCCCGCGGCGCACUUCCAGGCGGUGCUGAUCCUCAGCCUGUGGUCCACCACGGUCGGCCAGCAGCCGCUGAGCAUCGACGGCUGGCUGCUCACCGGCUACGCGCUGCAGCAGGGGUUCGCCUGCUUCCCCGGGCGCGGCGGCGGGCAAGACGCCGAGCAGAAGGACGUGGAUGCCGCCUGUCUCUGGAACCACCUCUGCGUGGCGCACCUGCAGUACUGCGUCGGCACGCGCAGACAGGCCCUGCUGCGCCAGGAACACGUCGAUCGAUGCGCUCACCCGGCCGGGACGGGAAGCCUUGGAAACUACGAGGCGCGCAUGGUGGCAGAGGUCAAGCUGUACUGGGUCAUGUAUACAGAGUGCUGCCCGCAAACCGGCCCGGUGGAUGUGCAGGCGGCCAAGGCUGCUCUGCAAGAAUGGAAGAGGGAAUGGGCGAGCUUGUUUGAGGAGCCGCGUUCGCAGUUCCUGCAGAUGGGCUUUCACUUUGCGCACCUUGUGGCUUACUACCAGUCUGCCCGCUCGCCGCAAUCGUCCAUGGAUACGUCCGUCAUGCGAGAAAUGGUUGAUCUGUCCAGCACCAUCAUCAACCUCGCCAUGGACACGGCGGAUGACCGGACCCGCCACCUGACGGACCACAUCUACCACAUCAUCACGUUUUCGGCCCUCACCCUCUGCCGGCUCGUCCACACGUACGAGGAGCAGCUGCGCAUGGACAGCGUCAGUGUCGAUGGCCUCGAUGGUCUGGUGGCGAGACUCGUCCGCUGGCUCCGCUGCAUCGGUCUGCCGUGUCAUGCGGCGCAUCUGCUGAGCGAUGUGGUCGCCUCGCAGUUCCAGAAGCUGCGCCCCGAAUAUCAGGCGUCCGACGCGGCCGCGGGUGUCACGACGCAGUAUAGCCUGUCGGCUUUGGAUGCCGCGCUCUUGUCCUCCAACAUGGGGUUCUACCCCGACCUGAUCGGAUCGGAGCUGUUUGGCAUGGACGACGGAGUUGCCUCGUGGCCGCAGUGGAGUUGA